AACAACCUAUGGCUAUAGCCACCUGUUUUGCAGGUGACAAUUGCCCCAGUUAUUGGCAAACGAGUGGUUAUUUACGCAAGAAAGAUACAUAUUUAUUAUCAAAAAGUCUUUUAAGUAUUAAAUUUUACUCCCUUCUUGAAAAAGCUGAAGCUAAGAGAAUGGAAUACAAAAAACAGCAAAGUUUCGACACCAGUAUCAUUCUUCCAACUCUUGAACGUCUCGAGAACGACCCGACUGUCAUCGGCGUCAUGGUCGUCGGUAACGAUGGCUAUCCGAUCCGAAGUUCCCUCGACAGCGCCACGACUAUUAACUACCUCGAAAACUUCGGUUCGCUUAUUGAACUAGCGCGUUACACUGUUAAGAACAUGGAUCCGAGCGAUGAGCUGAAUUUCCUACGCAUGCGUACGAAAGACUACGAGGUGAUGAUUGCACCAGAAAAAGAAUACUCGUUACUCGUCCUCCAGAAAGAAAACGCUGCCACGAUUUCAAAACGACAUCGAAUAAGCGUUGAUUAAACGAUCUUUACACGCUCUUAAUUUUUUUCCAUGUAAAAAGCAAUUCUGUAAAAAUGGUGUAAAAUUAUAAAA